CCCGCCCCACUUCCCCUCCCCUCCGGUGCGGCUCGUGUGACCGGAGCCGUUGGAGUCAGUUAGCGCCCUCGGACGGAGGCCCUGAGCCCGCCACAGCCGGCCGCAGACGGGGGUUGACGGCGGCCUCCUCGGUCCCCGGCACCAUGAGCAUCGAGAUCCCGCCGGGCCUCACGGAGCUGCUGCAGGGCUACACGGUGGAGGUGCUGCGGCGCCGACCGGCCGACCUCCUGCGCUUCGCCGCCGACUACUUCACUCGCCUACUGGAUGCCCGCGACCAGGAGGCGGCCGGCGACGGCCGGCUGAUUGCUAGCUUCGAUGGGGAACCCAUGCAGACGGAGUCCAACGGGGACGAGGAACCCGAUCGCGGCGACGAGGACUCCGACUCCGACUUCGAGCCUCCAGUUAUUAACCGAUACAACAGGAGAGUAUCAGUUUGUGCUGAAGCUUUCAAUCCAGAUGAAGAGGAAGAAGAUACAGAACAAAGGGUGGUUCAUCCAAAAACGGACGAUCAGCGGCGCAGACUUCAGGAAGCGUGUAAAGAUAUCCUGCUCUUCAAAAACCUAGAUCAGGAGCAGCUGUCUCAGGUCCUUGAUGCAAUGUUUGAGAGGAAGGUGAAACCUCAGGAACACGUGAUUGACCAAGGUGAUGAUGGUGACAACUUCUAUGUCGUGGAGCGGGGACUGUAUGAUAUUGUCGUGGCAAAAGACAACCAGUCACGCUGCGUAGGCCGCUACGAGAAUCACGGCAGUUUUGGGGAGCUGGCGUUGAUGUACAACACUCCUAGAGCUGCCACCAUUGUUGCCACCACAGAAGGAGCCCUUUGGGGACUGGAUCGAGUGACAUUCAGAAGAAUUAUACUGAAGAACAACGCCAAGAAGAGGAAGACAUAUGAAUUAUUUAUCGAGUCUGUGCCCCUUCUGAAAUGCUUGGAGGCAUCAGAGCGAAUGAAGAUCGUGGAUGUUAUAGGGGAGAAAGUGUUUCAAGAUGGGGAACGUAUCAUUUCUCAGGGUGAUAAAGCAGAUUGUUUUUACAUCGUAGAAUCUGGUGAAGUAAAAAUAUCGAUGAAAAGCAAGACUAUGACGAGUCAGGAAGCCAACCAAGAAGUGGAGAUUGCCCGGUGUCACAGAGGGCAGUAUUUUGGAGAGCUUGCACUUGUUACCAACAGACCCAGAGCAGCCUCUGCCUAUGCUGUUGGGGAGGUCAAAUGUUUAGUCAUGGAUGUGCAAGCAUUUGAGAGGUUGCUUGGACCCUGCAUGGACAUUAUGAUGAGGAAUAUAACACAUUACGAAGAGCAGCUGGUGACAAUGUUUGGCUCUAGCAUGGACCUGACGGAUCCAGGGAAUUAGGCACAGGGUACCUCAAUGCCUUCUUAGUUCAGGACACAGAAAAGCCUCCUAUCACAACUUACAAGGAAAACGGACACUACAGAACAGUUACUGCUGCUGUCUUCUUGGGCAUUUUAGAAACAAUAAACAAGUUUCAGCACAGAUGGAUUGCUCACUCCCUGCCUCCACUUUUCUGCUGAUACUUCAUUAUUAGACCUAGAUAAAGAUGAUUCUAACCGUAUGUCCACUUACUUGGUUCAGAAUGGCAUCUGUCCAACAGUUCAAGUGCCUGAUAUGAAACCCAAAGUGUGCAAGAUACAGAAGCCUCCUUCCUUCUGGUGUUACUGUUGGGAUAAAUUUUCUGAUCAGAUUCUGUAGGGGGAAGGUGCCUGUUCCACAGAGGCAGCCUGUGGAAUAUCAGCCUUUUAUGGGCUUAUUACCUUCAUCUGAUGCUUUCCUUACAUGUCAAAUUUGCUUUUAAUUGUAGCAUCUGGAUGAGAAGUUAAAAUACCAGUGGAGCCAGUUCGUAAGGUGGCACUGAAGUUUUCUUCCACCUGUUGAAAGUGGCAGGUUACUAUAGCUCUUUAAACCAAGUAAACUGAGCUGGGGACAUGGGAGAGUCUGCUUAGCAGCCAAAUGCUGAAAAUGAAGCAUUACUGUAUUUUAAGUGUUUUCCUGAGCAGCAAAGAACACUGUUUUACUCUAUGCUGUCCCCCAGAAAAGUGCAGUGGUUCAAAUUAAAUAGCCCAAAGGUGUCAUAACUGUCAUCUCUCCAAGUUGGCUCCUUGGUGAGAUCACACUGUAUGACCUUCUCUUGCCCACAGAGAUCCUUUAUACUGCUACGUUUCCCAGGGCGCUGUUGUUGCCUGGGUCAGUUUUAAAGCUUUUUAAGGAGGUGAAUGUUUUGUAAUUUAAAUGAAGACUGCUUCUGUACUUGUUGUUUACAGGAGCUCCCCUAGUCCUAACAUUUCACAGUAUUCUAACUUCAUUAGACACUUGGAUGCUUCCAGAUACCAUGGUGAUUUGCUAAACUUUGUUCCGAAGUUGGCAGCAUUUGACUUUGUGAAGCAAAUGUCUUUGCUAACUACACAGUUGGUGUGUUUGAGGAGUCUUGUUGGUUUAGGUGAUAACUAAGCUAAUGUUUAUCUAAAAUACCUAGUAAAUUUGCAGCAUUUAUUAGGUAGGUUCUAUUUCUAUAGCUUUAAUGACCUUAAUUGGCGUACUGCUGAGGUUUUAUCAGAGUACUCUCUAAAUAAGAAACAGGCCAUGAGAAGGAUGUUUUUACGGUGUACAAACAGAAUAUUUAUAGUAAGACGUUGAAUUUGUAGCUAAUAAAUCUAGUGACCCUUUGAACUUUCAUUCUUCUGCAGCUCAUGCAAAAUCUCCUGGUGUUUUAUGAGGUUAUACAGUUUUAAUUGUGGAUGCUAACAUAACAGAAGCUGCUCUUUUCCAUGGCCACCUGAACAAGAAUAGAAGGAUGCUAAUGUUGAAUCCCUGCUUAUCACAGUGGACAUUUCUCUAAGCAACGAGAUGCUUAGCUGCAACUCUUGAAGUUGAUUUCUGGACUUCUUUUUUUCCCCCUAAAUGGAUGAGUUCCUCUCAGUUCCUGCAAUAUGAGUAAGGUGGAAACUUGGUAAAUUGGAAUGGCUGUUGUCCAGUUGCUGUAAUUGGAGUAAUAUUUUUAUAUCAUGCAAAUGGUUUGUAAUGGCCACCACAGAGGUAGGUGUUUCCAUAUUAUUAAAGUCCUGGUUGUGAUGUCUAGUGGCUGUUCUAACUGCAUGUGUUUUAGAACAGUGAGUUUCCCCUGCUUUACUAGGCUGGUGAAUUUUCUUAUUAGUUAACAGCCAAAGAAGCAGCAAGUACUUUUCAUUCAUUCUUCCAAGGUUUAUAACACCAAAGAAAAAAAAAUCAUUCUCUCAAUUACAGAUUUAAAACAAGCAAACAAAUGAAAGCAAACCAUUAAAACCAACCAAAAAGUGAAAAAGCUCCAUCAGGUCCUUGAAUUAAUAACACAGGAAACUUUAAGAUACUCUGGGCUCCAAGGUGAGCCUUUCUGAAGCCAGAUCAUGACUGUCCUGCAGACCAGGUAUAAACUCUUCUCCAAGCCAGUGUGAGUUUCUGUGCUGCCUAAACGGUCAUGGGAACUAGAGAGAAACUUGCAGUGAAAUCAUCAUCUGGCCUUUGUUGCUCCCAAGCAGAAUAUCCUCUCAUUUAUCCAGAGGAGCCUGGCAGACUGAGCUGUCUUACAGGUGGAUUCUGGUUCCUACAGCCUGUGGUUCUCUGCAGGACAGGACUGUAUACCUCAGCAUAUGCAAAUUAAAAUUGUUCUGAAGCUUAAGCAAAAAAAAAUCCCAACAACCAACCAAGGAUCUAACUUUAGCCCCACUUAAGUAAUUUAGAUCCUUAAGUAAUUCUGCCUGGAAGGGAGGAUUUGGUUGCUUCUGCAGGUCAAAGGAGAGGAUAAGAAUGUGAAAUCAAAAGACUGGGAUCCUACGCUAGAAAGCGAAAGCCUUUGUUUUACAUUUCUCUAGAUUCCCUGAAGCAAAGGCAUAGUGAGCUAAAAGAGGACAAGCCUGUAAGAAGGCUCAUCCAUUUAAAAUCAUCAUUAGCAAUGUGCCUGACUAGUUUGGUCUGGUUUGACCAACCUGUUCUGUACAACUUUGGAGCAUGAAGAUAGUGAGAGAAGCUUGUAAUAAGAUAGUUAUCAUUGCCAGCUAUCUGCUUAGAGCACCAGCAUUAGGUCGAGUUGGAGAGUGAGUGAGUAGUGAUACCAAGCCCAAGGAGUGAAGAUCUAUCCGCAUCACUGUAUCUCAGCUUGUUCCUUUUCAUGCUGAUUGCUCAUUGCAAUUCUGGAGAGCAAGCCCAGGUUUUUUACUGCUCAGAGUCCAAUGAAUCUGCCAUGGAGUCUCUGGUAUUGGCAGUAGAGAGAGAUCUGUUUUUUAAUAGAAGAACUCAGCAGCAAAGUGGGCAGAGAGGAUAAUGUCUUCUAGACUUGGAGGGGAAAAAAAAGUGUCUUGUCUGUGGUUCCCUGCUUGUGAUUGUUGUGGAGUCGGUCAGAGGAGCUUUCAGUGGUCAAACACCCUGGCAUAUAGUAUUUCUGUUUUAAUAUCACAGCACAGGUUUCACAAUGUUAAAAGAACAAAACAAACACAAAAAGGGCAAAAGAGCUCUGUUUUUAGAAACAAAAGUGCAAAACUUAAAACUUUAAAAGUGCAAUUUUGCACAGAGGGCAAAAACCCCAACCCCUUCCCCCCCUUUGAAUGUCAGUUCCAUUCUUUCUUUUCUGUUGGCUGAAAGUGGAUUUUUGUUCUUGCCAUGUAUUUGUAAAUCAGUCUUGCCAAAUACAAACACGUUGGGGUUUUUUUUUUUCCACUCCAGAUGGUUUUUGUUGUUAUGGUUAUUACUGAUGAUUUUCACUUCUUUCAAACCAUAUAUUUUAUUUCAAGAGGCCUUCCCUGUGGAUUUCCUCCUGACAGUCUGCAGCACUACAGUGCAAUUUCAAGAUGCCAAGAGAAAGUCUCUAACCUCACAGGAGAACACUCAACUCUGCUUAGCUGGAUGGAGCUAAUAAUGCACUACUAAUUUUCCUCUGCUCUGUGGGGCAGGAGGGGAAUUACAUUCUGCAUAAAGUUGCUACCUCAAGGCUCCAAGUGCUUUUAAAGGUCUUUCACUUGGGAUAAUUUAAUAAGGCAGUUCUUAAAACUGCUCUGUUCUCAUUUCAAUGUUUUUUGGUUUUUAUUUUUUUUUGAGUCAUUGAGGGACCCUUGUUUUUAAUUCAUGUUGCAUUUAGUACUUGAUUCUCAAAGGAUGAAGAGCUGCAAAGUUUGGUUCUUGCACUACAGUGUUGAACAUGAAAGAAAAAUACCUGCCAUACAAACAGACAGUUUUUAACAAGUUAAACCACUCUGGGGUUCAGCUUCACUUUUGGUUAAUAAAAGCCUGACAUGUUGUGUCCAGCCUUCCUGUACAA